UUUUUUUGAAGUUUUAUGCAAAACACUUAAGAUGAAUUUGGAACUUCUAAAUCCUUUUUCGCAGGAAUAUCCUGAGAAUUUAACGUCUUCUUUGUCGUAUGGGCAUGCUAUGCUAAUUCGUUUUGAUAAGAAAGGGGAUCAUUUGGCAGCAGGUCUUUUUGAUGGAGUUAUUAUUAUAUGGGAUCUUUUGACAAAUGGUGUUUCAAGAGUAUUAAAAGGACAUACUAGACCUAUUCAAUCCGUUUGUUGGUCUAUAGAAAAUCGUUAUUUAUUAUCAGCUGCUCGUGAUUGGAGAUGUGUUUUAUGGGAUCUUAAAGAUGGUUCUCGUAUAAAAAUGAUUCGUUUUAAUGCACCUAUUUGGGGAGCAGAACUGCAUCCUUUUGAUAGAGAAAUCUUUGUCGCGUCUCUCCUUGAAGACGUUCCUAUUCUUACUAAUAUAUCAGGCGGGGGGAUUCAAAAACGUGUUCUUCCAACUGCCCCUAAAAGGCCUUUAAAAGAAGGCACGGAAGAAGGUGAAAUUGAUGAGAAAGUUAUAUCACAAGAUACAAAACAACUUACACUUGUUUGCACAUUUGAUAGUACAGGGAAAUAUAUUUAUACAGGCACUACGAAGGGGUGGCUUAAUAUUAUAUCAAGCACAUCUUUAGAAAUCUUAUAUUCUUUUCGACUAACCAAUUCCAAUAUUAAACAAAUACGUUUGAGUCCAACUGGAAAAACUCUUGCUAUAAAUUCAACUGAUAGAAUUAUUCGAACACUUCCUAUUUUUGAUAAUCCUGAAAAUUUAAAUGACGAUUCAAUUAAAGUAGAACAUAAAUUUCAAGAUGUUAUUAAUAGAUUUCAAUGGAAUGCAUGUGCAUUUAGUUCUUCUGGGGAAUAUGUUAUGGCGUCCACAUAUCGUUCUGCUCAUGUUAUUUAUAUAUGGGAUAGGAAUACUGGAUCCCUUGUGAAGAUUUUAGAAGGCCCUAAAGAAGAAUUCAUCGAUAUUGAUUGGCAUCCUGUUUUUCCAUUUAUUGCAGCAGCAGGUUUAGAAACUGGAACGAUCUAUAUUUGGUCUAUUCCACGAACAGAAGGGUGGUCGGCUUUUGCUCCUGAUUUUACUGAAUUAGAAGAGAAUAUUUUAUAUGAAGAACGAGAAGAUGAAUUUGAUAUAGUUCCAGAAGAAACUAAAAAAAGCAAAAUUGAAGAAGAUGCUGAUGUAGAUAUAAUAACUAUAGACAAUAUCCAAUAUACAGCAGGAUCUUUUCAUACAGAAGGAUUUCUUUUACCUGUAUUAUUUGACAGUGAUUAUACAAGUUCAUCUGAGACAGAUCAGGAAAAAAAAUAUAUAAAAAAACUUGAAAAUUCGAAAAAUAAUAUAAAAAGAAAAAGAGACUAAUAAGAAAUCGCGAGAAAACAGUGU